UUAUUUUUUCAAACUAAUUCCAUUCCUUUUCCCCAUAAUGGCCUCAGCCGAGCCGGAAUCUGCCAAGGAGGCGCCGCUGCCUCCGCCCUCUACCGCUCCCCGUGGGGGAGUGAAUUUGUCUCUGGUCGAUUUCGGGCUGAGAUUUGUGCUUUUUGCGGCGGCGGUGUCGAGUGUGGUGGUCAUCGUCACCAGUAAACAAACCGUCGUCGGUAAGCUCCGGGGAGUCCCUCCGGGCUUCCCUGUCCAGGCCAAGUUUGACCACUCCCCUGCCUUCAUAUAUUUCGUGGCUGCAUUAUCGGUGACGGCACUUUACGGUCUCGUUACGGCCCUCGCCUCCGUUUCCGUCAUUGCUAAACCCAAUCUCUCUACCAAGUUCUUGCUUCAUUUUGCCGUCUGGGAUACGUUGAUAUUGGGGGUGGUAGCCUCAGCCACAGGGGCUGCAGGUGGAGUCGCAUACAUAGGAUUAAAAGGAAACUCGCACGUGCGAUGGGACAAAGUGUGCUACGCAUUCGACAAAUUCUGCCGCCACAUCGGCGGCGCUUUGGCGGCGUCACUUUUCGCCUCCGUCGUGUUGGUGUUGCUAAUUUGGAUCUCCAUUAUAUCUCUCCACGCGCGAAUUCGAAAGUAGAAUUCAAUCACCUCUUCUCAGGCCUUUGUUACCGCGCGUGUUUGUUACUGCUUCAGGAUUUUACUCGUAAAUGUGUUUGCUUUGUGGCGUUGAAUUUGAAGUGGGAUUUUUAUAUUAUUGUGUUGUAUAUUAGAUGGUUGGAUUCGAAUUUGGUUGUUAUUUUUAUUUUUUAUAAAAUAUGUGUUAAUUAUAGUUC